CAGAUAUCUAAGUUUGUUUGCACUCCUAUUCCAUCGAAUCAAAGAAUAGCUUCCUUCCGGUGAUAUCGUCGAGUUCCUAGUCCUGUCGACGUUUGUGUUGUGCAUGUGCAGAGUGAAACUAUCAAAAUGCCGAGUCAGGAAGUUGUCACCAACAAAGUUGUCGUUCAUCCGCUUGUAUUAUUAAGUGUGGUUGACCAUUUUAACCGUAUGGGAAAAAUUGGGAACCAGAAAAGAGUAGUUGGAGUUCUGUUGGGGUGUUGGCGAGCGAAAGGUGUUUUGGACGUGUCGAACAGUUUUGCAGUUCCGUUUGAUGAAGAUGAUAAGGACAAGUCAGUGUGGUUUCUUGAUCAUGACUACCUUGAAAAUAUGUAUGGCAUGUUUAAAAAAGUCAAUGCAAGAGAAAAGAUUGUUGGCUGGUACCAUACUGGACCCAAACUUCAUCAGAAUGAUGUUGCAAUCAAUGAGCUGAUAAGAAGAUAUUGUCCAAAUUCUGUGCUUGUCAUCAUCGAUGCAAAGCCGAAAGAUCUGGGCCUUCCUACUGAAGCUUACAGAGCAGUUGAAGAAGUCCAUGAUGAUGGUUCUCCAACUUCAAAAACGUUUGAACAUGUUCCAAGUGAGAUUGGUGCUGAGGAGGCAGAGGAGGUUGGUGUUGAGCAUCUGUUACGGGACAUCAAAGAUACAACUGUUGGGACAUUGUCACAGAGGAUAACAAAUCAGCUGUUGGGUCUGAAGGGGCUUCAUUCACAAAUACGAGAUAUCAGGAACUACCUAGUCCAGGUUGUCCAGGGAAAACUCCCAAUCAACCAUCAGAUAGUUUACCAGCUGCAAGACAUCUUUAACCUUCUUCCUGACAUCAGCCAUGGCAAUUUUGUUAAUUCACUGUAUAUAAAGACAAAUGACCAGAUGCUUGUUGUAUACCUAGCAGCCCUCAUACGCUCAAUCAUUGCUCUCCACAACCUCAUUAACAACAAGCUAACAAACAGAGAUGCAGAGAAGAAGGAAGGUAAGAAGGAUGAUAUAAAGGAUAGUAAAGAGAAGAAAGAAGAGAAGACUAAAGAAGAAAUAAAAGUAGAGAAGAAAUAGCAGGGUAUAUUUUUGUUCUGGCCUUCUGCUUUCCUUUUUUCACAUAAGCCCAUAACUUCAGAGGAACAGUGACUGUUAAGAUUUCAACUAAACACUUUUAUUGUAAACUAAACAUCUCACAUUAAAAUUAAAUCUUUAUUCAGAAUUUUUAUUUUACCUGUGACAUGUCAGGAAUAAAUUAGUGCUUACUGAAAUGGCACAAACAGAAGAACUGAGUGUUUAAAUACUCAAAGACUGGUUUAUCUUGAAAUUUGUUCUGUUUAUUUUUAUUGAAGGCAGAGUUUGUUUCCUCUAGCUUGUGGAUUGUCAUUUUCAUUGUACUGUACUAAUCUUCAUUAAAUUUUUUUAACAAAAACAUGCAAUUUAAUGGUCCUUUUCUUAAAACAGAUUUUUUCAUGAACUCACUUGGCACUCUGAAAGGCCUACAUGUGAGGCAGUGUUUUUACUUUGAUUCAUAUAAUCAUAUAAAUCAUGCAACUUUUCACAUCUUAUUUUGCACUAAAAAUCAAGUGUUCAUCGUGAAAGAAGUAUGAGCAUUUUCAUGUCACAUUACAUGAAGUAACAAUAAGUACAGUUAAUUGCAUAGGAUGACAGAGAAUGUAGUCACAACCACCCAAAAACUCACCUGAAUGAAGGAACUCACAAUAGUAUAUAUAGUAAAUAUAUUUUGGUCAUGAUAACAUGUUCCAAAGGACCAAGAAAUUCAUACUGCAACUUCUCUCAGUGCUGAACCUUAGUUCUGUUCAAAUUCAGAAUGGCCUUUGAAACAGGCAACAAGAACAUUACUUCUCCAUUAUGCAUUCACUUUGCUAACUGAGAUUCUAAUGCAUAAAAGUUAGUAUCACCUGAAAAUGCCUCAUAUAUGAUGCACAAAGAUGUGAAUCUUGCAGGCCUAAAAGUUAAUUUAGCCCCAUGCUUUCACUCAGUUUUUUUUAACCCCAACAACAAAGGUGAGUGCCCCUGGCCAGUGGAGGACUGAGUUUUGUGGAUAUGUCCCAAGUGGCAACUGCAGGAAGUGCAGAGGCAACAGAAGACAUACGAUGAAUGAAAACUGUUUCAUACUGCCAUAAUGUUUGUAGAAGCAUCUCUGGUUUUAUUCAACAGCCUGGACCUCACAUAGAUGAGCUCUGAAGUCCUUUUGACAGUCGUUUGUUAAAUUGUUGAUCUAUUCCGAUUUAGUGUUCAUUGUAAUGACACUAUUUUCAGAUUUCUAGUCACUAGCUUCUGUUCAUAUAUUCAGUUGUGUGUUCAGUUGCUUCCUCAUUUAACCCAUCUCUAUGCUAGUAUUGUUGUUGAGUUGCCUUCUGACAAGUAACAAGCAUUUAUAUAGUUUUUAUAUGUUACUUCGCCCAGAUUUUUCCAUGUCCUUUCUUUAAAAGCAAUUAAGAGAAACGGCACAAUUUAUUACUAGAAAACUCAGUAUCAGUUCUGUAGGAUUUAAAU